GCUCAUUCCACACUUCGUCAAACCAACUCGAUCGAUCGAUCGUCGAGCAAAGCAGCUAGUCUACCUAGCUAGCCUAGUACCAUCGUUUGCGAGUGUGAGCUACUAGCUGCAGAGUGAUCGGAACGUUGUUUGAGUAGGUAUAAAAUGGCGCGGCGACAGUUGAUCAGCGGCGGCCUCGCGGUCGUCGCGGUGGUCGCCGUGCUGUCGUCGGUGCUGAUCUGCUCGGCGCACCCGGUGCCGGGCGGACACGGUGGCGGGUUCCCGCCGGCGCUGCUGCUGCAGCCGCACUUCUACGACCACGCGUGCCCGCAGAUGCAGGCCAUCGUGGGCUCCAUCGUGGCGAAGGCGCACGCGGAGGACCCGCGCAUGGCGGCGUCCCUGCUCCGGAUGCACUUCCACGACUGCUUCGUGCAGGGCUGCGACGCCUCCGUGCUGCUCGACGCCGACGGCAGCGGCAGGUUCGUCACCGAGAAGCGCUCCAACCCCAACAAGGACUCCCUCCGCGGCUUCGAGGUCAUCGACGAGAUCAAGGCCGCGCUGGAGCACGCCUGCCCGCACACCGUCUCCUGCGCCGACAUCGUCGCCGUCGCCGCCAGGGACUCCGUCGUCCUGACCGGCGGACCUGGCUGGGAGGUGCCACUGGGGAGGAGGGACUCACUGACGGCGAGCCUGAGCGGCUCGAACAACCUCAUCCCUGCGCCCAACGACUCGCUCCCCACCAUCAUCGUCAAGUUCGCCAACCAGGGCCUCGACGUCGUCGACCUCGUGGCGCUCUCAGGAGGGCACACCAUCGGCGACUCGCGGUGCGUGAGCUUCCGGCAGCGGCUGUACGGGCAGAACAACAACGGGCAGGUGGACCGGACGCUGAACCCGGCGUACGCGGCUGAGCUGCGGGGGCGGUGCCCGCGGUCCGGCGGCGACCAGAACCUGUUCGCGCUGGACCAGGCGACGCAGUUCCGGUUCGACAACCUGUACUACCACAACAUCCUGGCCAUGAACGGGCUGCUCAGCUCCGACGAGAUCCUGCUCACGCAGAGCCGCGAGACCAUGGAGCUCGUCCACCGCUACGCCGCCGACCAGGGCCUCUUCUUCGACCACUUCGCCAAGUCCAUGGUCAAGAUGGGCAACAUCUCGCCGCUCACCGGAACCGCCGGCGAGAUCAGGCACAACUGCAGGAGGGUCAACCACUUCUAAUUCUAAGGAGGAUGCAUAUAUAUAUGAUGACCUGCGCCUGCUGCUUGGUUGGCCACAUAUCUGUGGUGCUUUAUGCUUUGAUGAUUUCAUUCUGGGUGCGUGCUUCGUGUUUCAUACUUGGGUUUUAAGUGUGCAGUAGUCGUAAAUGAUUGAAAUUUCUGUUUGAGUUUGGUGCCGUUCAAUCUUAAGUUGAUUUUUCACUCAUGUAAUUUGCAAUUCGUGUACGAAGAAAUGAUCCAAUAAAAUUCAGCGUUUGUGUCA